ACGCUUUAGCUAAUUUACCAUUAUCCACAGUCGCAACUCAAAUCAUCUUUUGUCUUCCUCCUGAAAAUAUGGGGUUUUCUCCUUCAUUUUCUUGCAGUGCUAUGGGAGCCCUAAUUUUGGGUUGCCUUCUGCUUCAAGCAUCAAACUCUAAUGCUCAGUUGAGGCCUGAUUUCUACUUCGGGACUUGCCCAUCUGUUUUUGAUAUCAUUGGGAAUAUCAUCGUUGACGAAUUGCAGACUGAUCCUCGUAUUGCCGCGAGCCUCCUUCGUCUUCACUUCCAUGACUGUUUUGUUCGUGGUUGUGAUGCAUCGAUCUUGCUUGACAAUUCCACAUCAUUCCGGACCGAGAAAGAUGCUGCUCCAAACGCAAAUUCGGCUCGAGGGUUUAAUAUCUUUCUGUAG